UCGGUAUAGGGUCGGUCUAUGAACAGAAGUAUGCUAAACAUGAGAAACCGUAACGACAGCUCGAGUUUAAUAAAAAAAUAAUUGGAUUUUAUAGACAUUGGAUUUGCUUUGGAAGCAUAAUAACAGAACUGUGUAGGAAUAAAUUCAUGCUCUGCGACUAUAAUUGCAUUGUGCUCUGAGAAGUGCUUUUUUUGUGCUGUUUGUUUAGCUGUGCUAGCUGUGUAGAAAUCCUGUCAGUGAGUUAGUACAUUGGGCUGUUAGCAGCAAUGCUUUUGUUAGUGGACUUCGGGGUUAAUGUCUGAUUUGGAGUUCGUAUGGAUUAUUUUAUCAUAAUCCGUUUAGUGUCUUCGGAAAAGUUUCGGGUUGAUUGGUUAGCUAGUUAAGUUUAAUAGAUAGUGGUUAUGCAGACAGGUGUAGUUCGCUAACAGAUUUGUGAAACGAGAUGACUAGUUAGUUCAACAGAUACCUGGUGCGCUGUUUUAAUCAUUUAAAAUAGAUUGAUAGUCGUUCACUGUGUUUUACACACACUGACAAGAUGAAAACCAUUAAGAAGGCUUGUCUGGUCCUUAUUCUGGCAGUAGUUGUGACAGCUGAUGUAGCUCAAGAUAAUGAAGGUGCUAUGGAUGGAGGUCAUUCACAGGACACUGAUGAUAAUGAAGGCUCCAGCAUUGUGGUAGGACAUGCCUAUGUCCCAAAAGAUGCCCAGGCCGACAGGAGUACAACAAACACUGGAAAAGAGGGUGAGGUUGAAAGCAUUGAAAAGGAAGACCUUCCAACUCAGCCCCCUCCAACAGAGGAGCGACGUAAAGAAGUUCCGGUGGUGAAUGGUGGAACAGCCUCGGGGGAGCCCUGUUUCUUUCCUUUUCUAUUCCAAGGGAAAGAGUACUCAGAGUGCACUACUGAAGGCAGAGGAGAUGGGAGGUUGUGGUGUGCCACAACCUACGACUACUACACAGAUAAAAGAUGGGGCUUCUGUGAAACGGAGGAGCAGGCGGAGCGGAGGAGGUUAUUGGAAGAGGCUGAAGAGCAGUACCAGGCCACAAUCAGGAUUAUCAAUGGCACCAACCGAAAGACCCAGAAGAAAGAGUUGUAUGACAAACUUCUGAAAAUUGCAGAGGUGGGUCAUUCCAAGGCCAUGGAGAAAGUGGCAUAUGCCAUGCUGUUAGGAGACUAUUUACCCCAGAACGUUCCUCAGGCUAAGGAGAUCUUUGAGAAACUGGCAUUGGAGGGCUCCCCUAAAGCCCAGAUGCUUAGCAACAAAUCAAGAGUUGCCAAUGCAGGCAUCUAUAAAAGGCUGCUGGAAUGUGGCCAGGCUCCUUAG